UACAUUACUAUAUUUCCCAUGGGAAAAGCCCAUUCCAGCUAGGCAUUACCCUGCAUUCGUCCACUCCAGAGAAAGCAUUCGUCCCUACCCUCAUCUCCCCAACUUAGCCCAGCCCAGAGCUAGCCCAUUCGAUGCACGAAUGAGGCACAGAGAGAACAGCCCAAGUCGAAAUUGCUAGUCGGUAUAGUAGAUUGUGCAUUUUGAACAUAACAACCAGGUCAUUGCCUCGCACCUCAACCCAUCCCCAAACAACCCCCCGUCGUCAGGUUUCAGCAAGCGCAACCACCCAGGCGCGUAGCAAACGUACCAUCCCAUAACCACGCCCCCAGCAUUUGCGAUCGGCCCGCCAUGGGAACCCUAGCAGCGCGACUCGCCACCGCCCUUCUCCUGCUCUCCCUCCUAGGCAUCCACUCCGCCGCAGCAUACGGCGCGCGGUACGGGGCGCGUAAAGCCGAGACGCCCGUCCAGAAGGCCGGCAGGCUCCGCGCGCUGGCGGACCAAAAGGCGGCGCAACUCGACGCCGCGGAGCAGAUCGCGGCACUUCUGCAGAACCAAGAGACCGACGCGCAGACGAAUCUGGACGCCGCCAAAGACGAGGCGCAGGCGAUGGCGGUGUCGUGGGUGCAGGCGAAGACGGCGGUCGAUAGCGCCAAGGCGGUGGCGGCGAACGCGCGCAAGUCCGCCGCCGUCGCGCGGAAGACAGUCGCGGGGAAGAAACGGUACGAGGGAUACUCCAAGGCGCAGGCGGCGGUCGCGGAGGCGGAGCGGAAAUACAACGCGUCGAAGGCGAGGCGCGAGCAGGCGGACGCCGCCUACGCCGCGCAGCAGGAUGUUUUGAACCAGCUCCAGCCGUCGAGCAACGGCGCGCAGCCGGGAUACGCGCAGGCGUAUAGCGGCUCGUCGGCGUAUACCAGGGAGCAGAAGAAGGGGAAGGAGUUAAAGAAGAAGGCUGACGAAGCAGCAAAGGAGGAAGCGAAAGCGGCGGCGAAACUGGCGGCUGCGCGGGCCGCGGCGGCGAGCGCGACCCCGACGGCGGACGACCAGGCGCAAUUCGAGUCGGUCCAGGCGGCGGAGGCGCUGGCGGCGCAGGCCGAGGCGCAGGUGAAAACAGCAGAGGUGGAGUUCCGAGCGGCAAGCCAGAGCAUGAAGAAGGUCGCGGCGCAGGUGAGCGCGGCGCGCGGGCAGCUGAAGGCGGCGGAGAAGAAGCGCGAAGACGCGGAUAGGCGCGUGGCGAAGCUGGCAGCGGAGGCGCAGAAGGCGGACGCGGAUGCGAUGGCGGCGGAAGAAGACGCGGGGAUCCGCGCGCCAGGGUCGGAAGGCGCACCGGGGGAAGACGAGGAUGAGGAGGACGACGAGAAUGACGACGAGAACGACGAGGAUGAGAAUGGGGACGAUGGUCAUGGUGCUGGUGCGGGGGCGGACGAGUGGAAACCGACGAAUUCCGCCACUGCCACGGGCGCUGCUGGGGCCACUGCGGCACAGACUGAGGUGGGCCGGCCGCUGAUGGUGCGGGACGCGCCGGUGCAGACGACGAGUCUGCUUGUAACGGAUACAGGUGCCGCAGAGCAGCCGUUUGGGGAGCCGCAGCCCACGCGGCCGACCCAGCCCAGCUACAUGUUUUAAAAAGUGGGGUCUGUUUUUCUUGUAGCGAAGGAUUUUGUACUGGUAACAGAAGGUGGGUGAGGAGGAGCUUGUAACGGGUAUGAUGAAAGGUAGUGAAGGGAGGCAGCCCGCACGACCCACCCAGGCCAGCUGUACAUGUUUUCAAAACGGGCCGUGCUUCUUGUAACAGAAGGGCGAGUCUGGGAGCUUGUAACGGGCAUGCAGCGGAAAGGUGGCACUUUCCCACUUGCUACAACCCUGGUUGCAUGCUACAACCAGGCUUGUCCUCCAGUGGAGGUGUGGCUGGCACGUCCUGAGGGAGAGGGAAUAGGGAGGGAAAGAGCAACACGGCCCAGGAACAGGGAGCUUAGCCGCUGCCGCCUAAAUUCCUAAUCAUCUGACAGCUAUGGCUGUCAGAUUGUGUAUUUUAUCUUAUUCUCGGGCUGUGUGGUCCAUGUGAUUCCGCUUAGUUGUGCGGGCAUGAUCCUGCAGAGAUACAGCCGGUCACCACUACAAUACACUCUGCAAUGUUUG